UGUUUUAGGUAUUAAUUGGCUUAGAAUCAUCAAACUUAGUUGAUGCAUCUUGGGUCCUCAGAGAAUGACUAGUGAUAAGUAGGUCACCAUGACCAACUCUCAGGUACUAACUGGCUUAGAAUCAUCUUGGUUCUCAGAGUGUUUCAUCGAAAUUGUAGGUCAUGAUGACCUACCUUUGGAAUUUCAAGGCUUUAUCUAAAUAUACAGGAUACUUAGAGGCUUCAAAUAGAAGUGAUAGGUUGUACAGUUUAUCAGAAGAGCGAUUCAAGGCCCUUGGGCCUCUUGUUAUUUUCCAGUUCAUGCACUGUAUUUUUCGUUAAAUAGUCCUGUAAUAGCAAGCAGGAAAGAUAUUUGACAUUUAUCAUUAAGCCCUUUAAUGGCACUUGUUUCAGUGCUUUUGUUAUUUCAGUAUUGCCACAGAUCGGGAAGAAAUCUGAUGUAGAUGGUUUUAAUAAGAUAGCAAAAUGACGCCCCUUGUUGGAGAAACUUGGUUAGUUGCUACUUAUGCAGAAGAUAAUAACAAAAAUGGACAACUGUGAGAAGGAGGAAACUGAAAUGAUUUCAGAAUGGCCAGUUACCAUGGAUACUGCACAAAAAGUUCUUGGAAAGAAGUCAUCAUCAAAUCCUACAGAAGUGAAAAAGAGAAAGUUUGAAGAAAAUGCUUCAUUUUCUAAAAUAAGGAAAGUACACAAAUCAGAGGAACCUUUGGUGAAAAUUGCGGUGGCUAAAUGGUGGCGAAAACUGUCACAGGAAACCAAAAAUGGCUACAGUGAUCUUCUCCCCAGGAGCACCCAUUCUGAUACUCUGCUAGCCGCAAUAAUGAGACUGGAUGUUGCACAAGACUUCAUGAAGUCUGAAGUUAAAAGAUUAACAAACUCUCUGGAACACAGUGGCUCUUGUUCUAAUCUCCACGCAGCUCUUGGUUCUUUUUAUGAGAAACUUCAAAACUUUAGUGCUGCUAAAGAACACCUUGAGAAAGCAGUUUCUUUUGAUGAUGCGGCUGCAGAGUACAAAUGGCUUCUUGAGAAGAUUAAAAAGCAGGUCAAAGUUCAACAGGAGCAAAGGUCAGCCAUGACGAGGCUUCCAUUCCCAUUAUCUGAUUUGUCAAUUCCAGUUUGUCUGAAAGUUGAUAGAGUUUCAGCUACAGACUUAACAGCAGAGAGAUUUUAUGAAGAUUACUCAUCGAAACACAAACCAGUCAUUAUCACAGAUAUAAAUGUCACAGACACUCCCUGGACUCUACAGUCUAUCAAAAAUUUCACUGGUGACAUUGCUGUUACGUUGAAACAUUCAGUUAAGAAUUCUUCUGAGUGGGCCAGUCUUGAGAACAAAGAGAUGACAACUGUGUCAGAAUAUAUAAACAGGAUAGAGGGACUGCCAGAGAGCAGGCAGUGUGAGGGGUACCUGUUUGACUGGAGCUUACCCAUCCAUUGUCCAAGUCUUGUAGAGAAACUGAAGAUUCCUAGGUAUUUUGCUGGUGACUUUUUACAGAGGACCUCUGAGGGGAGUUUAUACAGAGACAGCUGGCCCAGUCUGUUUGUGGCCCCAGCAGGUCUCUGCAGUGAGCUCCAUGUUGAUGCCUUUGGGUCUAACUUCUGGAUGGCAGUGUUUCAAGGGUCCAAGAGAUGGGUAUUUUUCCCACGGUCUGAUCUGCCCCUCCUUUACCCUCAGUACCCCAAUAGUAUGGACCCUGUAUUUGAUGCAGACAUCACAAACCCUGACCUGAAAAAGCAGCCACUAUUAAGUCUGACACACCCCUCAGAAUGUGUCCUGUCUGAAGGAGAAGUUCUAUUUGUUCCAGCAGGAUGUCCUCACCGUGUGGAAAAUCUGACAACGACAGUUGCCAUUUCUGCCAACUUUGUGGAUUUGUCCAAUUGGAAAACUGUCUCAGAGGAACUAGAAUUAAAUGCAAUUAUUGACCCCAGGUCUCAGGAUUUACUAGAACAGUUCAAGUCCAGUGCUUUUGAUAACACAAUGAAAUUUUAUAACAAAGAAGUCCCAUGGUCAGAAUUUAAAAACCAACAGUUUCCCAGUUAGGAGAAAGCCAUUGACAUGAUUGCAUUUAACUUUUAUAAGGGACAUAACUUUUGAUUGGUUAAAAUGUUGCUAAUUAUAAUUAUGACAAUAUUUUGCUCUUUUUAU